AUGGUUAACUACGGCGUUUCCCGAGGCUGCGAUACGUGCAAGAAACGCCGCAAAAAGUGUGACGAGUCCCGACCUUCUUGCCAACGCUGUCUUAAAUCUCGUCGAGUAUGCCCCGGCUACAAGGAUGAUGGGUUGCUGGUGUUCCGACAUUAUCAGCCUGUUGAUAACCUGAGCACAUUGCAAUUUGACAGAUGGUCUCCUAAAACAGACGUACUGCUCGAAGAGGUUGCACUUGACAUCUUUCUAGACAGUUUCGUUGUCCCAUCUCACGAUAGAGGACAAUCACGAGGGUUUCUGGACGGGAUGCAUUCUCUACUCGCCAAUGCCAAUCCCGCUUGUACCCUCAUCUCUGCAGCCAGAGUCAUUACCCUUGCGUCAAUAGCCAACCGUACUAGAUGGCAUAGUCUGUUGGAGACUGCGCAAAAACGGUACGGCCAGCUUUUGAUGGACUUUACCGUCUCUUUGUCACAGGAAAAGGCAGGCGUCUCAUUCAAGUAUUUUCUCACUGCUGUAUUGCUGGGGCUAUAUGAGGUGAGUUUUGGAUAG